AGCGAGGCAGACAUGUGACAUUUAGCACAGAAAUGUACAAGAGGCACAUACCGUUUUAUGCUACACACAGAUAACAACACACCACUACCGUACCCAGUUUAUAGCCUACUCGUUAACCGUUGGCAUCUCCACCAAGCGAUCCGUCCAUGCGAAGCCUAGCCUUGCUUCUAGUUCCGUGUGUUGUCGCGGUAGUGGUGCACUUCUGGUUGUGGACAAACAGAGCGACCAUCUCGUUGGAGAAAGAUUAUGAUGAGGACUCGGCAGCAUCUCCCUGUGGUGAGGUGCUGGUGGGGGUGUUGUCUGCCAGACAUCACUAUGAUCUCAGACAGGCUAUAAGACAGACGUGGUUGGGAUACCUCCGGGACCAGACACACUACCGACACAGGGUGCAGGUGAAGUUUAUCAUUGGGAAACAUGGUUGUCCCAUUCCAGAAGAGGACAGAGAAGAUCCCUACUCAUGCUCCCUCAUGAACCUCACAGACCCAGCUCCAGGGCAGGAUAAGGAGAUGGAGCUGGUGGAGGUGUCUGACCCGUCUGCUCUUGUCCCUGGGGAGGUCUCCUCUGUGGCCCUGGACUUCAAGGUCCUCCACCCCCUAGUCAUCACCAGGUUUGGGGUGUUCCCUACUGGACCUCACAUGGAGAUAGAGGGGAAUGUCACUGUCAGGCUGCUGCAGCUGGAACAACAGGAGGCAGUGGUGACAGCCUGCUUCAGCCCGGUCAGUCCUGGGACAAGUCAGAACGGUGUGUGGUACAAACCAGUGGAGUGGUUCAUUCUGCCCAAGGGCUUUGAGGGGACUCUGGUCUGGGAGAGUCCUGACGUAGCUGGUCUGACUACGGCCAACACAUCCCGGGUGACGCUGAACAACGGCGGAGGAGUCCUCAAGUUUUCCUCUAUUGAUGAGGGAACGUUGCCUCACAGGAGUGCUCUGAGCUUCCCAGGAUUGGCUGGAGGGUUCACCUUCAAAAUUCAUGACAUGGCCUCCCUGUGGGAGGUGCUGCAUGGCCGCCAGGGGCGGCUCCAGAGCCAUGGCACCAGACUGCAGGCGGAGGACAGGUCUCUGGAGCAGGAGGCUCUGCGAUAUGGAGACAUGGUGUUUGUGGAUGUAGUAGAUACAUACAGGAAUGUGCCUUCUAAACUACUGCAGUUCUACAAGUGGUCGGUGGGAAACGCUGCGUUUGAUCUGCUCCUGAAGACGGAUGAUGAUUGUUAUAUUGACGUGGACAAGGUUUUAAUGAAGAUCGACCACAAGGGCUUGAAGAGACGCAACUUCUGGUGGGGGAAUUUCCGUCAGAGCUGGGCGGUGGACCGCAUUGGGAGCUGGCAGGAGCUAGAAUACGCCAGUCCAGCCUACCCGGCUUCGCCUGCGGCUCGGGGUAGUGGCCUCCCAGGGACCUCGUCCAAUGGCUGGCCGGCAAUGCAGAGCAACUCAAGGCCUACCAGGUAAUGGACCACACGGCAC